CAAGCAACAUGAGCAAACCUAUUAUUUAUUAUAUCGUUAAGUUUUUGAUUGAUUUUCCUGUGCAUGUGCAUUAAUACAUUAUGGCAAAUUUGAAUUGCCGUACGUCAGAUGACUCCGUAUUUGGCGCCCUUUUUUUUGAUAUUGUGGAACAUCUGAUACGCCCGAUACUUGGCGUUCUUGAAUAUCAUGCUUCAUUUAGCGUUUGAUUGAUUUGUUAUUUAUAUUACAAGAGAGCUUUUAUGUAUGUGGGUUAUUUCUCUUUUCUAAGUGUGAUUUGAGCUUCUUUACCUCUCUGUCGUUUCACAUAAUACAGUAUUUAUAAUAUUGUGUUAUAACAUUUUGAGAGAGAGGGAGAGAGAGAGAAAGAGAGAGAGAGAGAAUCGCUAAUGGAUUAUAGUGCGUUAUCAAAAAUAUCAGCUAACAAAAGGUUGACAUAAACAUCAGUGAUCUUGUGUGAUUUUAAUUAAUAACAGCCAAUCGUUUAUUAUAUCUUUACUUAUUCAUUAUACCAUCACCUUUCAUCGUGCUUCUCCAAUAAUGGCUAAUCAUGAAGAAGAUAAUUUAGAAGAAGAUUUAGAAGAAAAUUUAGAAGAAGACAAAAGUGAAGGUUCCGCCAAAAUGGUAGUUCAAAACGAGAGAGAGGAAUCUGAGGAGCCUGACAAAAUAUUAAUUAUAGAUCCUAAUAGUGAAGAACUAGAUUUCAACCAUUCAAGAUUAACCAAACUGGAAAAUCUAGAGCCACUGACACAAAUACGCAGAUUAUGCUUUACAUGGAAUCUUAUAAAGAAAAUAGAAAAUCUUGAUACGCUUACUACUUUGGUGGAAUUAGAUUUGAGAGAUAAUCAAAUUAGGAGCAUAGAAAAUUUAACUGCACUUGUGAAUCUGGAAUUUUUGGACUUAUCAUUUAAUCGCAUUAAGAAGAUAGAAGGAUUAAACAAUUUAUUAAAUUUACAAAAGUUGUUUUUAACAUCUAAUAAGAUUUUACAUAUUGAGAAUGUUUCACACUUGACAAAUCUCACAUUACUGGAAUUAGGUGACAACAAAAUACGUGAAAUUGAAAAUCUAGAGGGUCUCCAAAAAUUGACCAAUUUAUUUCUCGGUAAAAACAAAAUUACCAAAAUUCAAAAUUUGGAAAGUUUGGAAAACCUCUCAUUAUUAAGUCUACAAAGUAAUCGGAUUACAAAGAUUGAGAAUAUUGAGAAAUUAAAAAAAUUGGAUCAAUUAUAUUUAUCUGAAAAUGGUAUAACAUGUAUAGAAGGCAUAGAAAAUUGUCCAGAAUUAACAAUAUUAGAUCUGGCUAAUAAUAAAAUCAAAAAAAUUCAAAAUAUAAAUCAUCUUAAUAAUCUUGAAGAAUUCUGGAUGAACAAUAAUGAAAUUGAAGACUGGAAUACGUUGGAUAUUUUAAAAGCCAAUAAAAAAUUACAGACUGUAUAUUUGGAGCAUAACCCUAUUGCAAAGGAUCCAAAUUAUAGAAGAAAAAUUAUGUUAAUUUUGCCAUGGCUUGAACAGUUGGAUGCAACUCUUUGUAAGAGAAAAAUAGACCAACAGUGGAGAGAAUAACGAUAAGUAAAAUACAGCAGAUGGAAAUUUAAUGGAA